AUGCCCCGACCCAACUUCCUCAUCAUUGUCGCCGACGACCUGGGUUACAGCGACAUAUCUCCCUUCGGCUCAGAGAUUAACACCCCGGCCUUGUCCUUUCUCGCUCAGACCGGGACUUGCCUGACGAACUUCCACGCCGCGUCGGCAUGUUCGCCUACGCGAUCAAUGCUGUUCUCCGGCACAGACAACCACAUCGCGGGACUGGGCCAGAUGGCCGAACAUAUGCGGAACGCGAGCAUCUAUGAGAAUCGCCCAGGGUAUGAAGGAUAUUUGAAUUUUCGUGUGGCUGCCCUGUCGGAGGUCCUGCAGGAUGAAGGAUAUUUUACCACGAUGGCGGGGAAGUGGCACCUCGGCCUCUCCAAAUCCACCUCUCCCAGCGCGCGCGGCUUCACAAAAAACCUGUCUUUCCUCCCCGGCUGCGGCAACCACUUCAACUACGAGCCGCAGCUCUCCCACCCAGGAGACGGGAUCCUCGCGCCGAUGAAGCCCGCGCACGACUUCUGGAUGCGCGACGACGCCUUCAUCGACCGGAUUGCGGACCUACCAUCCCCGUUCUAUUCAACCACGACCUUCACAGACGCCUUGCUGGGGUCUCUCCGCUCUCGUCACGACAACCAGCCAUUCUUCGCCUAUCUCCCCUUCACGGCACCGCAUUGGCCACUACAAGCACCGCGAGAAGUCAUUGACAAAUAUCGCGGCAUGUAUGAUGACGGACCGGGGGCUCUAAGACGACGGAGGCUGAGGGAGUUGGUUCGAUUAGGCCGUGUAGACGGUAGUGUCUUGGAUGGCCGGACGCAGGACCACGACCUCGAUGCACAGUGGAAUUCUCUAACCCAAGAAGAACAGGCUUCUUCAUCCCGAAAGAUGGAAAUCUACGCCGCAAUGGUCGACAUCAUCGACAGAAACAUCCAGCGCGUAAUCGACCACCUUGCGGGCACCGGCGAACUCGACAAUACAUUCACCUCUUCAUGUCCGAUAACGGCGCCGAGGGUGCAAUGCUAG